UGGGGUGUUGAUAGCGUCUUACUGUGACCUGAUCAGGGUACUAGCUGUAAUGUGAGCCUUUGAUGUUAGCCAUUGUGGAUUUGAAUGAUUGCCAUUAGACUUGCUAACCAGGCACAAGCAGUCAAUCAGGUUUGCUGUCCAGGAAAAAGCAGUCAAUAAUGAAGACAAGUUAUGCAGUCCAUUAAAGCCGGAGGAUUGUCCAUGCACUUUCGAUGGAGUGCCCUGAAAUCUGUUCCUAACAAUGCUCUCCCUCGCUCGCGCUGUAAACAUGCCUGCUGUCUCCACAAUGACAAUAUCUAUGUGGUCGGAGGGAAAGACGGCAAUGUCGCUCUCAAGGAAAUAUGGAAAUUUCAUAUUGGAAGUUACAAGUGGGAGAAGCUGACAUACCGUGGAGACAGCCUGCCAAUUCUGGAGGGCCACACACUGGUGGCACAUAAAAGACUGUUGCUACUGUUUGGUGGAGGGUUUGAAGAUGACCUCACAGAAUCUUGUCUGUGGAUCAUCAAUCCUGAUCUGCAACAUAUUCGACGUCACUGGGUGGAGACAUAUGCCUCCCAUCCAGGCGUACGACGACAUCAUACUGCUGUCCUAUAUGACCACGACAUGUAUAUCUAUGGGGGUCACGUCGACAUCAAAGGAUCAAAGUCAGACCUCUGGGUAUUCCAUACAGAUGAUGAAGAAUGGGAACAGGUGAUCCCUCGUCAGCCCCCAAACACGAUCCCGGAGGGUCGUCACGGUCAUUCGGCUGUGGUGUACGGUCGGGACAUGUGGGUACUCGGAGGUCUUACUGAUCUCAAUACCCCUAAAACUGAUUUCUGGAAAUUCAGUUUCCAUACAGAGAGAUGGGAGAGAAUUAAGCACAAGUACAGCCCUCCUCAUCUUUUUGGUCACACAGCAUGUGUUGUAAAAGAUACAAUGAUUGUGUUUGGUGGACAGAGUCCUGGGACACUCAAUAACUCAUUAUGGGUGUUCAAUUUCUGUUCGUUGCGUUGGACCUGUGUCAAUGUACAAGGUUCAGUGCCGUCUGCUAGGAUGUGGCACUGUGUUGUACCAAUCACAGCCCUGACACUAAGGGCAGAUAACUCCAUUAGAACCAGCUCUGUGCCUUAUCUGAAAAACAAAAACGAAGGAAGCAAACUGAAGAGACCAAAGAGUAGUCCUGCAUAUUCUUCUGCUCGCAACCAAGUCCGUCCAGAUUUGAAUCGAAACUCCGAUGGCAAUAAUUUUGUAUCAGCUCAAUUCAUUAGACGUCCCAUGAGUCCAGGUUCACAUGAUCUAAAAUUGCCAAUCCUCAUGACAACACCACGAGAAAAACAAAAGGAGGACACCUCUCCGCUAUUGUGUAAUCGACAAUUAUCGUGUAAUAGUGUACUUUCAACAGGAAGUCAGGGAAAAGGGGUAGACAAUCCUGCACUGGAAAGAGAACUUAGCUUAGAGGAGGCCUCAGCUGUAACAGAGAUAUUGGAAUUUCAUAAUUUUCAGGAAAAAGAAAGUCCAGAAUUCUCAGGUAAAAAGACAUCAGUACAAGGUGCCAGUUACUCACUGAACGGGAACAGUACAGAGAUGUCGGAGAUGCAUUGUUUCCAACUAAAUCAAAACUGUCUGGAAAGUUCUAUUAGUGGAAAUUCAUCAAAUUAUGAGUUAAAAGAAAACAUGAUACCUGGGCAAGUGAAGGAUUCUCCUUCAAAACGAUAUCAGAAAAGACAUCACAAGCAUCAGGGGAAAACCAUGGAAUUGAAGGAGUUGGGUAAGUAUAAAAAUCUAUCAUCUUCUCAGGAACUUGUGGUUGAAGAUCUAGAUUAUGUGGAAAAUCAUUACUCUGUAGAGAGAAGCGCUACACCGACAACGAAAAAUCCAUUCCUCGACCAAAGCACAGACUGGAAACGAAAUGGUGGUAGUUUGUCCAAUUUGAAUUUUGUGGAAAUGAAAACUGUUAGGUCUGGUGGACAAAACUUUGUAGGUGAUACCUCAGGAGCCAUAGAAUCAAAAUCUUCAUCAAUGUCGAAUAUAAGUGAGACAAGACUGAUCAAUUCAAAUUUUGAUUCAUCACAGCAAAAGUCAAGUAGCUUACAUGUGAUUCCUCCGAGAAAAAAUAGUAUGCAUUGUUGGGAAGCAGACGAUGACAAAAAACUACCUCCGUUACACGGCACAGAUAGCCAGGAAAAUUACCAAAGAGACAAGUCAUCCAUACCCAGCAGCAAGUCCAUGGACCAUUGUGGGGAUACAAACCAGAGUACAGAGACUUUUGUUAGACAAGAGAUUGACACGCCCUACUUCCUGAUGCUCGGUGGAAAAGAAUCCAGGUCCAGCAAACUUUCACAAGAACGGAUGGUUGUGUGGCACUCUACAGUAAUUGUCCGACACAGUGAUAUCAACCACGGAGAAUUUCACAGGUCCAGUAUGGUUAUAUGAUGUUCUCUCUGGCGUUUGGAGACUCUAAAGUUUGGUCACCUACAAGAUGGAACACAGCCAAGUUUGCCUGAACAAAAACCAACUGUUUCUGAUAUUACACAAGACUUCAUAUGGUAGUUGGUCACAUCAACGCCAUUAGGAUGAUAUUUUGUCAAAAAUUGUCAUUUUAAAUUCAAUGUUUUUAUCUAUAUGUUAAGUUUGAAUUAUUGAUAAAUAGUUUUCUUAUUCAAAAUUUGUAAACUUAUUAAAUUGAUUUAUUAUGAAUGGCUUAGAAUUUAAUGUAAACUUGAUCAAACAGUAUUUCAUUAUUUUAUAAAGUUUUUGAGUCUAACGACUGCUGUCAAGUAUUCACUUAGAAUACUGUACCUGGUCCUGCUUGUAUUUCUGAAUAGGUCUCGCCUUCAAACAUUUCCAAAGUUAGGAAAAUAUUUUACCUUUCUAUCCAACUACACUAUAAUUUUCGUAUGUUGGCCUGAAAUUAUCAUGUUGUUACUGUUCGGGACAUAUAGCAAAUCUGUGAUGACUAUUGUGGCUAUUUUUCUGUGAUAAGUAAAUGACAACUUUAAAAUUUAUGAUACUAAGUGCUGUUUUUACAUUUUGGUAGAUAUGCAGAAUAGAAUUUGUUAGCUAGAUUAAUUUCCUACAAUUUUGUACUGAUACUAGAGCAGAGAAGUUCAUUGUACAUGUGUAUUACUAAUUUUCAGAAAACCAUUUUGUGGAAAGAAAAAGACGGAGGGAGGGGGGAUUUUACCCACUAGGUAAAAUUUGACAGAUAUAUGGCGAAUUUGUUUUAUUCUUGAACACUUUAUUCAAGUUGGUAAAGUAAAUAUGAUGUAAGUUAUAUGACAAAUAUGAUGUAAGUUAUAUGACACAACCAAUAAUGAUAUUUAAGUGUGUGACAUUUCGAUGACUACACUGUCACCUUCAUCAGACUAAUGACCAAUGUGAAGUGUACUAGAACUGUCUUAUGGAGUGUCCGAGAUGUUAAAAGAUUUGAUCUACUCUGAAGGAUGUUUCAUCUUAAUCUUAAUCUUAAUCGAACUUGGUGUCAAUAGGAUCAUGAUUGAAACGAAACGUCCUUCAGAGUAGAUCAAAUCUUUAUUUGAUGGCCAUUAGUCUGAUGAAGGGGACAGUGUAGUCAUCAAAAGGUCACACUCUUAAAUAUCAUAUUGGUUGUGUCAUAUAAUACCAAUUAUAACUUAAUAUAUUACCAAUUUGUUUUCUUGUUUAAAAGUCAUACAAAUGAAUUACAUAAACAACUGCCCUAUGCAUUGAAGUGAUAUUAUCAAUUCAUUUAACUGUUAAUUAACAGAUUUUUUAUCAUAAAUUUUAGAUCUGAAAUUAUUUUACUUUACAAUCGCUGACUAGGACUCCAACCUGCUGAAUAUUUUAGAAUCUAAAGAUUAACUGCUGUUUUAAUCUUACAUUAUAGAUGCUUGUAAAAUAUUUUUGAUUAUGAAUUUUUGUUUACAAACACCUUGGGUAUAAUGAUAUAAUAAUAACAUAAUGAUGAAUGAUGAGGAAGUGAUAUUUUUCAGUGCAAUACAUGUAUAAUUCUUCAAUUGUGACGUCACAGUAACAGCAAUAUAACAAAUAUUCUCCACGACGAUUACUUGGGUGACUGACGAUUGGACUGUUUGGCCUACUAGAACAUGUAUAUCCACCUGGUCUCUAUGUAAAAAGUUGAUAAUUAUGUUAAUAUAAAAAAUAAUUCUUAAAUGUUAAAAUUCUAUUAGAUCAAGGUAAACCGAUCUGCCGUAUCUAGAAAUAUUCCUUGGAUAUCAAGGUAAAUUAACUUGUCUGAUAAGUAUCGAGAUAAAACUUAUUGUUUGUUAAAACACUCUACAUCAUACACCAGCCUCAAUGUUGUACCAAAAUGCUGUUGUUAUUGUGCCACCCUGUAGAUAUCUCAGAUUUACACUUGUCUUGUUUUAUCAUCGUUAAGUCUCCACCAUUUUACAAGGAGCGUGUAGCUAGUAUAGUGUUAAUCAUGUCAAGCUGUCUGGUCAUGUCCGAAAUCAAUGGCAUAUCUUGAGAACACCUUAACAGAUUUGAUUCAUAUUUACACAGUAGUGUCAUAACAUGAAGUUCUUUACCUGGUCAUAUUCUGGUGGUCAGUCAUCAAGUUUAAAGGGUCAAAGGUCACAUUUGACCUUCUGAAUAGGACACAAUGUGUUUUGUUUCGUUCCAAAAUAAUGUCAUAUCUUGAGAACCCCUUAACAGAUUUGGUUCAUGUUUUCACCAUAGCAUCAAGUUCUUAACCUGAUCAUAUUCUGGUGGUCAUUGGUCAAGGUUAAAGGGUCAAAGGUCAUAUUUGGUUCAUGUUUUCACCAUAGCAUCAAGUUCUUAACCUGAUCAUAUUCUGGUGGUCAUUGGUCAAGGUUAAAGGGUCAAAGAUCACAUUUGACCCCUUCUGGAACAUAAUGUGUUCUAAUCUGGGCCGCAGUGGCCGAGUGGUUAAGGUGUCCCGACACUUUAUCACUAGCCCUCCGCCUCUGGGCUGCAAGUUUGAAACCCAUAUGGGGUAGUUGCCUGGUACUGACCAUAGGUCAGUGGUAGGUCAGUGGUUUUUCUAUGGGUAAUCCAGCUUUCCUCCACCUCCAAAACCUGGCAUGUCCUUAAAUGACCCUGGCUGUUAAUAGGACGUUAAACAAAAUUAACCAAACUAAACUAAAGUUCUGUCCUGGUUCAAAACAAUAUGUCAUAUCUCGAGAACCACACCAUAUAAACUAUCUUAACAUCAAGGUUUUACAUAGGAAUGGAGGCAUUCAUGGCUUACAGACAUUGUCUAGGUGACCCCUAGACAUAUUAGUAAAGAUUGUGCAGUAAUCACAUGUGUGGCCAAGUAUAUAGUGUAUAAAUUUAUAUAUAUUUUGUAACCAAUUUUUAUACCAUGAGAACAGUUGUUAAUAUGAUAUUUGAACUGCAUGAAUGGAAAUUGAUUAAUAUAGAGAUAUUUUGUUAUAACUUUGUGAAGUUGUAUUUGGGACCAGAAUUUGUUAGAAAAUCACUAUAUUAUCAUUAAGAUAUAACCAUAGGACUGCUGACCGGGGAAAUGUUUUAACCAAUAAAUCAAUUAAAUAUGUUGAUUUUGUCUUACCAAGUUCUAGUAAUUGUCACCAUUUGGCCAGUCACCUGUUGAUAUUUAAUUUCAUAUUGAGUUAUAUAAUUUUGGUCUUGUUUUCAUCUGUAUGUAUAAUUUUCAUUGUUGUAUCACUAAGAAGAGUUUUGGUUUUUUCUCAUCAGUAAGAUAUCAUUAAAUCAAAUUCAUAACAAAAUAUCAUUAUUACCGUAUAUAUCAUAAACAUAAUAUCAUUAAUACCAUAUAUAUCAU